AUUCACUAGAAGCUCUGACUAGACUACUAGCUGAACUGAAGAACCAAAAGAAAACCCAGAAUGACCCAGCCACUCCGAAGCCUGAAGCGCAGGAUCCUCACAGGACACAUCAAGUCAUACUUUCAGGGAAAGGACCAGUCACGUAUGCGUCUCGUCAUCCAGGGUUGCAACAACCGAUGAAAGAGGAAAUAUUGCCAUCGGGAGACAAACGGAAUAUCAAAUUAGCAACCCAACUAUGGGAUAAUGGAACCGUCCGAUAUACCUUCUCGGCCUCAAGUAAUAUAAGUAUGACAAACCAAGAAAAGAUUCGUAAGAUGAUGGACAAGAUUGAGAAGUCAACUUGUAUCACAUGGGAGUAUGUGCAGCCAAACUCUAAGGACUACCACGUACAAAUCGUGGACGGUAUAGGAUGUUACUCACAGACCGGAAAUGUCCAGUCUUACAUGUCGGGUACUGGACAUCAGAACAUCUCCCUGGAAAAAGACGGCUGCAUGGAUAACGGCACCAUUCUCCACGAGCUAUGUCACACCUUGGGCCUGGAGCAUGUACAAAGCCGGCCAGACCGCGAUACGUACAUAACUAUCGAUUGGGAUAACGUGUUAGGCGGACAACACAACCCGAAUAUGGAGAAAAAAACCCGAUUUGGUCAUGUUCAAUAUCCCGUUUGACCAGAGCUCUGUCAUGUUGUACACGCCUUAUUCGAUGGCCAAACAUAAAGGCACUAAGACUUACGUUUCUACGGACCCGAUGCUGGAUGUUCUGUCAUUGGAGGAUCACCAAGACCUAUCCUUCUACGACAAGCUCCUCAUCAACAGAGCGUACGACUGUGCAGGUCAUUGUGACCCAAAGGAUUGCAAGCAUGGGGAAUUCCUGGGCGAGGAUUGCACAUGUACCUGCCCGGAUGGUCUGACUGGAGAGCUGUGUGAAUCUGUUAUACAGGAAGGAAACUGUACCGAUCAAGACCACAAAGUUGUGAUUGGAUCUAUCGGCGAGACUAUUACUGUGAAGUCGAGUGGAUACCCGAACAGUUACCCUACCGGAUCGAAAUGUCGCUGGCUUGUUCAGGCAUGGUCACUGCAGAGUUUUUCAGAUUAGAUCCCGAUCAAAGCAUCCUCGACAUCAGGGUCUAUUACGUCACACUGUCCACCUCUGCCCUAAGUAACAUCCACUGCGGCUUGUUGUGCGUCAGGAAGCUUGGCACGUGCCCUUACUACGUUUAUGACGAAGCUACGACCACGUGUUACGGUCGACCAAACACGGCGUUUAUAGCGUACAACCCCGGAGAGCUGAAGGAGAUGCAAAGUUGGUCAAAGAUGGUUGACAU